AAAUACAACAGAGCUGCAUUAAAAAAAUGUUGUGAAAAGCUGUACGUUCAAUGGACCGGACUGGACAUGUCACGAGCAACGUGGGAACGGACUGGAAUAAAAUGUUGCAUCGCGUGCAAGAGCUCAGUCUUAGGCUCCGCUGCAAGGGAUAAUGUUUUCAUUCUGUAUGAUCUCACGGUUACUAAAAGCUCUUCUUUUGCCAGUGUGCUUCCUUCUGCUCAGUGAUGCGCGCUUAAGUGGGCAGUUUGGACAGAGACGCACUGGUGGAGCAAGAAAGACGGUCCUCUCGCCUCGGAUCCUCCGCCUUGAGCAUUGCCCUGGAUCUGGUACAAAGCAUUUUGUAUAUUUCCACAACUACACCUCAGUGGUUGAUGAGCGUGGCAUCGUUUACCUCAGCGUCGUUAUGGAAUUCUUUAAAACAGCCAAGUCGCUCUCGAUGAUGAAAGUCAAGCUACACAAAUGCCGUGAGGCAGUUACGUCAAACACAUGCGAAUACUUCGCCACUUGGCCGUUUUCUACAGCCAUCUGUAGCUUCAUCACGAUGAAGGGGUUUAUGUGGAGUAAAUUUUUACGAGCGAUAUCACCCGAAUUUAAAUGCCCUUUAUUGCCGAUGAACUACACCCUUACUAACGGGACCCUGGAUUUGUCGUUGGGGGAAACCAUGGCGCACAUCAACAUUGCUGGCAAUGUCUGGGACACAGAAGUGGAAUUCUACGACCAGGAUAAAGAACUUUUUAGUUGCGUAAAAGCACUUGUCCUCAUUAACAGAGUGAACAUAAAGGAUCGAUGAGUAAUAUUUUGUUCGACUGCAAAACUGUGGCCACCCGCCUAAUAAUACAGAGCCGCUAGCAUACCACUUGGCGGUGUCACACGGAAAUUUUGUGUCGAAUAAACAUAAUUCUCAGUACCACA